CCAGGCUUUUACUCGGUACUUCCCUUGUCGACAAGAAGAACAAAGGAUGCCAACUUGUUGAAAUACACGGCAUCGUUGUUAAACUUGGGGACCCCCUCUUCCAUUUCCUCCUUUUUCUAUCCUUCGCCUACAUAUCCUAUUACGCCACUCGGUUCGUCAUACUCAGACUACCUAGGUAGCGAACAGCCAGCCAUGUCAUUAUCACAACUUGCCCAUCUCCUCCCACUUCCGGAGGAGGAGUUGCAACAAGUGGUUGAUUAUGCCUCGACAUUGUCCAAGGAAGAAGCAGCCGCACACUUUGGCAACCUCCUCGGCGAUUCUCCAGCAGCAAUCGAGUUCAUUUCAUCCUUCAAUGCCCGCCGACACAACCCAAAACCCGACCCUACUCCCGCCUCUGGUUCAGCCGCUACCAGUACUCGACAAGUCGAGGUUCCCCCCAAAUCCAGACGAGGCCAGAGUAGGAAAAAGAAGGGGGCGCUGCAUACUCCGGCGGCCCGGCAAGUAGGUUCGCAAGCCCCGCCUCCAGGGACGGCAUAUAGCAAGAAGGGUCUGGAAGAGGAUUACAUACCGAAGCGUCCGAGUUCAGCGGUCGAGACGACAGCCCAGGCAGCUCCCAGAGUACAACAAGGACCCCCGACAAGCGCGACACCGCCGCCGCAACCACAACCGCAACCGCAACAGCAACAGCAACAGCAGCGAACGGCAGCAGGCUACCUCAUCUCGGAAGGACCGACAAAGACCAAGUCCAAAUCCACUCCGGUAACGCGGUCAACGACACCCAAGUCGAGAAAUGAAAACACAAAAGUGACCAUCACGGGGGGUCUCCCGAUGGCCGGAGCAUCAACAGCGCUGAAAGACCUGGACGCGGCGAUCCGGACGCUGGAGAUGACCACCAACCCCACGCUGCAGGGCGACGUGAAGACGAGGCGAUGCAACUGCGUGGCGACGCGCCACGGUCUCCAAUCCGCUGCACCAAACUGCCUGUCCUGCGGCAAGGUGAUCUGUCUCAAGGAAGGCCUCGGGCCUUGCACGUACUGCGGGGCGCCGCUCCUCAGCUCGGACGACGUACAGGCCAUGGUGAGGGAGCUGAGGGCCGAGAUGGGCCGCGAGAAGAUGGCGGCCGACAGGGAUGCGCGUAGGCGGCCUGAGAUUAGCAAGAAACCCGCGCCUUUCGGCCAGCACCGAGCCACCGGCGCGGCAGCCGGCAACUCCUCCUCCCAUGCGGAGGCGGAAGCCCAGGCAAGGGCGCACCGGGACAAGCUGCUGGGUUUCCAGGCGCAAAACGCCCAGCGUACGACGGUGCGGGACGAGGCGGCGGAUUUCGACGUGUCCGGCGCCAUGGCCGGGACGGGGGGCAGUAUCUGGUCCACGCCGGAGGAGAGGGCGCGGGAGCUGAAGCGACAGCAGAAAGUCCUGCGAGAGAUGGAAUGGAAUGCCCGGCCCGAGUAUGAGAAGAGGCGGCAGAUUGUGAGUAUCGAUUUAGUCGGCGGCCGGGUGGUGAAGCAGAUGGCCGCGGUUGAGCGGCCCCCAACGCCGGAAGACGAUGGCGUGAUGAAUGAAGGGGUGGAUGCGGACGAGGAUGAGGGAGGAGUCCGGAUCGGUGGGGUCACGGCUGACGAUUUGUCCUUACGAGGGCCGUCUGGGGGUGGUGGUGGCGGCGGCGGCGGCGGCGGCGUCGGUGGCGCGUUUAGCCACAAUCCGUUACUCGGUCAUCUCAUCAAGCCAGUAUACGAGCCCAAAGGAAAAAGGACAGAGCUCGAGGGGAGGAAGGAUCGGAAGACGAAAUGGAGACGGGUCCAGGAUGAUACCAACGAUAACGAAGGCGUGAUUUUAGACGGGGGGGUGCAUGGAUUCUCGACGACUGCCGACGAGCCAGCGUGCGGAUAAAGAGAGCAUGUUAUGAAGAGACGCCUAUACGGAGUACCUAUGUGAUAUCUCAUCAUAGACAUAGCAAGCGGAGAAUCAAGUCGCAAUGCGUGAAGCUGAACUGAGUGCGUGUCCAUCCACACUGGCUUGACCAGUAUUCGUAUAGGCAUUUCGAGGCACAGUGUCACGAUCCCGUAUAUUCCCGUCUCUUCAACCAGGUUAGGCUCAGUCGCCAUCGUUCAGAAGUCGAAGACAUUAUUUCAUGGCAGUAUCGGGUAAUAAUAAACAAAAUAAAUAAUAUAACACC